AUGAAAAUUUUGCUCAAGAGAUAUUCAGUUUUAAAUAAAGGAAAUAAGGGAUUAAUACUGAGCAAUUUAGUAUUUAAAAUGGGUAUACUAUAAAAGUAUGAUAUUAGAUUGCUUUGAACAAGUUAAAUGA